AUGAAUUUUGGAAGUACACCAGGGUUGCUAAUUCGGGACAGCGUCGGACUCGGAACCGAGCCCAAAAAGCGUGAAGUGGUUUUUGACCUUGCCGUCAUGUUGUGGAACUCGUUCGGAACGGUAACGGCGCUCUUGCAGGAGAUCGUCAGCAUUUAUCCGGCGAUUAAUCCUCCAACAUUGACAGCACAUCAGUCGAAUCGAGUUUGCAACGCUUUGGCUCUGAUGCAGUGCGUCGCGUCGAACAGCGAAACCAGGGGACCAUUUCUACAAGCUCAUAUUCCUUUGUUCUUGUACCCGUUUCUGCAUACCACGAGCAAGACCAGGCCUUUCGAAUACCUUCGCUUAACCAGCCUCGGAGUAAUUGGUGCACUUGUGAAGACUGACGAGCAAGAGGUGAUUACGUUUCUGCUGAGUACAGAAAUCAUUCCGCUCUGCCUGAGGAUCAUGGAAAAUGGCAGCGAACUCUCAAAAACGGUGGCCACGUUCAUUUUGCAGAAGAUUUUACUGGACGAAACGGGACUUGGUUACAUCUGUCAGACGUAUGACAGGUUUUCACACGUGGCGAUGAUUCUGGGCAAGAUGGUGUUGUCGUUGGCCAGGGAACCUUCUGCUAGGCUUUUGAAACACGUCAUUCGUUGCUACAGCAGGCUCUCGGACAAUCCAAGCCCGCCAGGCUAUUGGAAAGCCUACGUCGUAGCUCGAGAAGCCCUUCGCCAGUGUUUGCCUGACCAGCUGCGUGACUCCACGUUCAUUACCUGCCUUAAGGAAGACAAGUCUACUCAGCAUUGGUUGACACAAUUGUUGCAUAAUCUGGAUUCUAUGUAUAAAUAUUGA